AUGUCGUCGGAACCGCAACAACACCAGGCCCCCCGCUUCUGCGCCGACUGCUUCAAGGGCACGCUCCGCGGCGACACCGAGCUCAAGGGCACCGUCGAGACCGUCUACGGCCUGCCGACGUACGUCGCGCGCCCGGAGCCGGGCCGCGGCGAGCCCGCGGGCGUCGUCGUGAUCUUGCCAGACGCGAUGGGGUGGGAGCUGCAGAAUACGCGCGCGCUGGCGGAUGCGUAUGCGAAUAGGAUUCCGGCGGUGGUACUGCUUCCUGAGUUAAUGAAUGGUGAGCCGAAAAAAAAGUCGUGGUGGAGAAAAUACCUCCUUAUCGCGCCCGUCAUGGUCGCGACGAUGCUGCGCUACUUCAUCCCCCUCGUCAUCGCCACCCGCUCCAGCGUCGUCGUCCCGCGCAUAGAGAACUACCUCCGUGCAGUCCGCCUCUCGCCGCCGUCUCCCUCCUCCCGUCCAUCUACCUCAACGUCCUCCUCCUCGUCCGGUGAGACAUCCGCCAAGAAAGACACCAAGAUCGGCGUCGCGGGCUUCUGCUGGGGCGGAAAAUUCACCGUCCUGCUCUCACAGCUCGCCGCGGGACCGUUUGGCGGUGAGAGGCUCAUCGACUGCGGCUUCACGGCGCAUCCGAGCUUCCUCACGUUGCCGGGCGACCUGGAGAAGGUGGUGCUGCCGCUGAGCGUGGCGAACGGGGACGACGAUAUGAUGAUGCCGCGGGCGCGGAUGGCGGAGGCCAAGAGCGUGCUGGGGAAGAAGGGGGAGGACUUUGAGAUUGUGGAGUACGUCGGUGCCACGCACGGGUUUGCUGUGAGGGGGAACCCGAAUGAUCAGCGGCAGGCGGAGUUCGGGAUGAGGGCGGAGGAUCAGGCUGUUGGGUGGUUUCGGCGGUGGUUUGGGCUUGGUGCUUGAGUCGAUGAGUGAGGGACGGGAUGGGAUGGGUUGGAAUGGGACCAGGAAUGGUUGAUCGAGAUUGGUUUGACGCGGGUCACCUUUCCAUCACACUUCUAAUGUAGCUACAGGUCUUCUGUCUUUCACUUUAUGUACGCACAGGCUGAAAGCGAGUAUACUAGGUUCCGGUGAUGAUAGGACUCAGAUCGAAUUUGAGCUUGCUGAUGUUGCGAGGCUCACAACCUCCCCUUGAUAUCCUCCAUAUGUGAGACUAAAAACGUUGGCGGGC